AUGAACCAAGAAAGAAAUUCCUACCUUCUGACCCUGGUGGGCAACACCCUCAUCAUUCUGCUGUCUGUGUGGGACCCCAGGCUCCACUCCCCGAUGUACUUUUUCCUCCCUAACCUGUCCUUCUUGGACCUCUGCUUCACCACAAGUUCCAUCCCCCAGAUGCUGGUCAACCUCUGGGGCGCAAAGACCAUCAACUUCCUUGGCUGCUCUGUUCAGCUCCUCAUCUUUCUGUUCCUGGGGACCACUGAGUGCAUCCUCCUGACAGUGAUGGCCCUCGACCACUAUGUGGCCAUCGGCCAGUCUCUCCAUUAUACCACCAUUAUCCCCCACCUGUGCUGGCAGCUGACAUCCAUGGCCUGGGUCAUCGGUCUGCUGGAGUCAGUAGUCCAGACACCACCAACUCUCCGCCUGCCCUUCUGUCCCCACUGGCAGGUGGAUGACUUUGUGUGUGAAGUCCCAGCUCUAAUCAGACUGUCCUGUGGGAACACCACCUACAAUGAGAUCCAGAUGGCUGUUGCCAGCACCCUCAUCUUGGUUGUGUCCCUCAGCCUCAUCCUUGUCUCUUACUUUGCCAUUGCCCAGGCAGUGCUGAGGAUUAACUCUACAAAAGGGUGGGGAAAGACAUUUGGGACCUGCUCCUCCCAUCUUGCCGUGGUCUCCCUCUUCUACAGCUCAGUCAUUGCUGUCUACCUCCAGUCCUAAAAUUCCUAUGCUCGCAAAAAGGGCAAGUUCUUUGGUCUAUUCUAUGCUGUGGGCACUCCAGCACUUAACUCUCUCAUUUACACCCUGAGGAACAAGGAGGUAAAGAGGGCCUUUAGGAGGUUGCUGGGGAAGGACAGGGACACAAGGGGGAGCUGA